GUCGUGUGGCGUUCACUGUCAAGGUGCGUUCACUUGCUCCUCAGUGUGCCGAGUGGAGCAAGCCGUCGGUGUAGAAAGAUAUUUUAAACACAGUCUAUGUCCACUAGCUUCAUGUUUUAGGUUCUGUUGAAACGAGUACGCUUCUUAUUCCUAUUUGUUGCAACUUUUGCUUUCAUUCAAGCAAAAGCUGAGGUUUUUUUUUUUUGUUCAUUUAUUUAAUUUUGUUUUAAGAAUCAUCCAGUUGCUUUUUUUUUUCUUUCUCCCAAGUUGGACGUUUUUUUUUUUUUUUUGGAGGACAUGUCUCGCAAGAAGGCUGGCAGGGGCAAACACACAAGCAGCCCCGUCGGGAAAGGCAGUGGUGGCGGGAAAGGUGCGAGGAGCAGCCCCGCUAUUGUGCAGAUGAACGGGGUGGUCCAUCCCUGCAGACCCCCCAUCAGCAGCAGCAGCGAGUUUUAUGACAUUGCUUUUAAGGUGAUGCUCAUCGGCGACUCAGGUGUGGGCAAAACCUGCCUGUUGGUCCGCUUUAAAGACGGAGCCUUCCUGGCCGGCAGCUUCAUCUCCACAGUGGGCAUCGACUUCCGGAAUAAAGUCCUCAAUAUUGAUGGAGUCAAGGUGAAGCUGCAGAUCUGGGACACAGCAGGGCAGGAGAGGUUCCGCAGUGUCACCCACGCUUACUACCGUGACGCCCACGCCUUGCUUCUGCUCUACGACGUCACUAAUAAAACAUCAUUUGACAACAUUCAGGCGUGGCUGACUGAGAUCCACGAGUACGCCCAACAGGAUGUGGUGCUCAUGAUACUCGGAAACAAGGCCGACGCUACUCACGAGAGGGUGGUAAAGAGAGAGGACGGCGAGAGGCUUGCAAAGGAGUUCGGGGUUCCUUUCAUGGAGACCAGCGCUAGGACAGGUCUCAAUGUAGACUUGGCCUUCACUGCUGUGGCCAAGGAGCUGAAGCAUCGAUCGGCAAAGGAUGCGAGUGAAAACUUCAAGCUUCAAGAGUACGUGAGCCAGGAGGUUAAAAGUGCAAGCUGCUGCAGAUCCUAAAGAGGCCCUAAGAAGUGUUUAUGUGUGGUUGUUGGAUUGUCGACUGAGGUUCCCGGAGGAAAGUCCGUAGUAUCAUGUUUUUCUGUCGUCUUGCACCACCGAUGGUAUUUAGCUUCAUGUAGAAUCGGAGACUUUAUGUUAAGCACAAAUUAAGUGUUUCCACGUCAGUUAAGCUCACCAGCAUGGACUCCAAUGGAAGACGUUUGGUGUUUCAGAAGCUGAUGUUUGAGAAUGCCUUUUUCUUUCUUGUGCAUAAUUGCUCAUUUUAACCUAAACAAGCUAGCUAUUUGUCGUGUAAUACUGCAAAACGUCACUGUGCAAUGAAAUUUUGUUUUUUUGUUUUGUUUUUCUCUUUUUUUCACCACAAAAACAAAGAAAAGUCAUUUUGGAUAGACUUAUUUUUUCAUUGGACAGAGUAUAGUGUGCAACAUCAAUUCAGCUGCAAUAAUAUAACAAUAUAAUAAUAAAGCCACCAAGUUGAAAUGGUAGAUCAUAAAUCCGCUCACAUUGCCUCUGACUUGUAAUAUACUGCCCCCUAGCGGAAGGAAGCGAACUUGAACGUUAUUGAGUUUAGCAAUAUAUAUUUCCUUCAAUAUAUAUAUUUAAAUUAUUUAGAACAUGAUUAAUAACAAUAAUGUAAGAUUUAUACAUUUUAAUUUGAGAAAGGAUGUAUGUAAAUACUUAUGUUUCUGCAUGUAAAAAGCACAGACUUUAGAAUGUUUAACAUGUGAAAAUGAAGUAUUCUAUUGACAAAAAAAUGUGUAUAUUGAUGUGUAUAAUUUCUUGUAUUUCAUAUUCAUGACAGUGCAUUGCAUUAAUUAGCUUUAUUUAACUAUACAUAAAUGAGAACCGGUAAGUUAUGUCAUGUUGUUUUAAAAAAAAAAAAAUUGCCGUUUAUAUUAAUAAUGUUGAUUGGAAUCAUGCCACAGUGUUAAGAUCAUUUUUUGUACAUUUGCUUUAGUUGUUGGAAAUAAAUACUAGGAAAGUAAGAUUUUACAUUAUGUAUUUAUUUUACUUUCUAAUGUUUGGGUCCUUUUUUUCCCUCACUACUUUUGACUAUCAUCUCUUGUGACACAUGUAACUAAAGUGGUACAAUAAAAUCCAGAAUGAGCUGAACAUUUUA